UUGCGGCAGGAAGAUGCCCGGGGAGGUGCCGCCGCCGGCGCCCCGGGGGCUGCGGAGCCUCCCGCUGCUGCUGCUGCUGCUGCUGCUGGGCGCCCGCGCAGCGCUGGCUCAGCGCUGGCGCAAUGAGAACUACGAGAGGCCCGUGGACCUGGAGGGCUCUGGGGAUGACGACCCCUUUGGAGAAGAUGAGCUGGACGACUUCUACUCCGGCUCUGGCUCGGGGUACUUCGAGCGGGAGCUGGGGCUGGACACGGCCGUGAGCCUGACCACGGACACGCCGGUGACGCUGCCCACCACGGCGGCCGUGCUGCCCGUCACCGCCGCCCAGCCUGUGGCAACGCCCCUGGAGCCGUCCCCCACGCCCCAGGACACCACCCCCGGGCAGGCGACCCGCGCCUCGCUCAUCCCCAGGACCACAGGGGCACCGGCCGUGCCCAGCUGGAAAGCCACCACCAGCACCAGCACCACGGCCAGCGAGCCCCCGACCACCACGGCCACCACCACCACCACCACGGAGGCCACCACCACCACCACGGCCACCACCACCACCACCACGGCCACCACCACCACAAGCAGCACCACCGUGGCCACGGCCAAGCCCACCACCAUCCGGAGGUUCCUGCCCCCCUUGGCCACCAAGGCGGCCACCACCCGGGCCACCACCCUGGAAACCCCCACCACGCCCGUCCCCAAAACCAGCGCCCCGACAGAGGUGGCCACGUCACGCCUCGUCCCCACCAGCACAGCCAGGCCCAUGGCCCUGCCAAAGCCCAGCACCUCCAGGACUGCAGAGCUCCCCGAGAAAAGCGCGGCCUUGCCCAUGACCACCACGCUGCCGCCCACCGAGGCCCCUCAGAUGGAGCCAGGGGAGGUGACAACAGUCCCCGACAACGAGCUGGAGGUCCCGGCCAGCAGCGGCCCCAGCGGGGACUUCGAGAUCCGGGAGGAGGAGGAGACGACUCGUCCCGACCUCAGGAACGAGGUGAUGGCUGUGGUGACCCCGCCGGCGGGGCCGGGGCCCGGCAGGAACGUGGAGACGGGGCUGAUGGACAACACGAUAGACUCGGGCAACUCGGCUGCUCAGCUGCCCCAGAAGAACAUCCUGGAGAGGAAAGAGGUGUUGAUAGCCGUGAUCGUGGGCGGUGUGGUGGGCGCCCUCUUCGCCGCCUUCCUGGUGAUGCUGCUCAUCUACCGCAUGAAGAAGAAGGACGAGGGCAGCUACACCCUGGAGGAGCCCAAGCAGGCCAACGUCACCUACCAGAAGCCCGACAAGCAGGAGGAGUUCUACGCGUAGACGAGAGCCCGGAGUGCCUCAUGCUUCCUCCCUCCCCGACUCCCCGCUCCAAACCCUCCCCCUCCUCUCCUCCAUCCAGUCUCUCUCUUCCCCCCCUUUCCCCCUCUCUUUUUUUGGGAUCAGACUGUGAAUUUACGAAGCGAAACCCGCGGCGGCUGAAGGAGGAACGGCGUCCUUGGCGCGGGGGGCGCGGGGUGCCCGCAGCAGCGCCGAGGUCGCGCCCAGCACCGCACGCUUUCUGCUGGCGGGAGGGACGGGGCGCGGAGCCCGCGCCAAGGAGCCGACGCCAGGGCAGCCGUGCCCGGGAAUUGCUCUGGAGAGCACGGGAUGGGCUGCCCACGGCGCCCGGAGCUCGGCGGGACUUUUCUCAACACCACCACCACAAACUCUGGGAUCCGGAGUGCCACACCUCCUGCCAGCCCUGGGGUGCAGCGGGCUUGCUUUGGAUUUAUUCCCCUCUUCUUUCUUUUUUUUUUUUUUUUUUCCAUCCAUAAAGGAGGGAGAUUUCCUUCCCUCUGCCUCAUCUUUAUUUUUUGGUUUUCUUUUGGAACGGGGUUGGUUGCUCCGCAGGAAUCCCCUUCUGCUGGAAGAGAGAACACGACUCUCCCACGCUCCUGGAACCUUGGGAAAAGCACAGAGGGGUGGAAUACCUGGCACCCUGGGAUUCGCUCCUGCAGCGGGGAAAAAGGAAAUAAAUACAAACGCUGGGAAUGAUCCCUUUGGAUCAAUGCUCUGGAGAGCUCGUGGAGCUGCAUUGGGCCAUCCCAGGCUGCUGCCAUCCGGCCACUCCCUGGAAUCUCCUGGAUCCACAUCUCCCUGAGGGGUUUGGCCAGGAAGGGACUUGGCUUGGGCUGGGUUUUCACUGUGACCACUAAAGCUCGGCUUUGCGGGACAUUCCUCAGGGAGGAGCUGGGAAUGGAGAAGCUGAAUCCUGUCCCUGGCUCUUCCAGAGGGGAAAACAGCGCUCUGCAAGGCGUGGGAUGCAGCCUAAGGAGGGAAAUCCAAGCAGGGACCAUCCCUGUCCUCUUGGGUCCAGCAGGGAUCCCACCGGCUCCAGAGGUGAGGAAGAGGAGGCUUCAACUGGAUCAUUGUGAAGAUCCCAAAAUUUAUGGAAAGACGCAGGACUGAUGGUUUUCCUUUGUCGUUUGAAUCCCCAGGAUUGACGGUUUUCCUUCAUUGGUGUUUAAAUCCCAGCACAACCCACAGGGCUGGAGAGAACCCGACCGUGGCGCCUCCCAGGUGUCCCCUUGGAGGCUGCCCAGGGAGCAGAUCCAGACCCUCGGGAAAGGUCGGAUCUUCCAGAGCAACCUCUGCACACAAUUGAGAAAUUUCAACUGAGAUAUUUCAAUUAAGAUAUUGCAAUUAAGGUGUUUCAACGAGGUGGCUCUUAACUAGCUGGAGCCCUGUUUGUGGAACUUUGUUGUCACGGUGGUUGUGAUCUCGAUGGGGACCCACGGAGACUUUGGAUUUGCUCUUGGAGCAAUUUAAAUGGGAAAAUUUGGGGAAAAACAUUUUGUGAAUUAACCUGCACGGGGCCAGGGACACCUCGGCCCCUGAGGGGGUUGGUGGAUUUAGGGUUUUAUGGCCCUGGUGGGGAUUGCAAGACAGAAGAGCUCGGUUGUGGAUGGGAUUUGAGGCCAUAUGAAUAUUUUAAAUUUAUACAAAUAUCUAUCUCCACUCCCGUACAUCCACAGUAACACAGGUAUGGAAGGAAAUGAAAUCCCUGGAAUUUCUCAGUGGUCUGGGGUGCUUGGGUGGGAUUUUGGGUUGGGCAGUUGGGAGCUUUGGGCUGCUUUUCCUGGGAUAAAACCCAAAAUGACGACCUGGCUUUACUUCAGGAUAGGGAAAGAACCCCACUCAUGGAUCAGCUCUAAAUCCUCAUUUUUGAGCUGUCAGCUUCAAAAUCCUCGUGGUCCAGGUUCUUGGAGCUUGGAGAGGGCCCUGUUGGAUGUUUGGGGUGGUGGUGCUGGGAGUGACCAUUUCUGUGUCCAUGCUGGAGGGAGGAUGAGGAUGAGGAUGAAGGAUGAGGAUGAAGGAUGAGGAUGCUCCAUCCAAGGGAGGGAACACUCAGAAGGAGCCUGGUGCCAACCCAGAGCCACUCUGCUGCCCCAGAGGGAGUUUGGGCUCCUGGAUUUGAUGGAUUUUGGCCCUGUUGGGAUCACACAAAGGGGCGUGGCACCAAUCAAGGUCACCAAGGCCACCCAAAAUCCCCAUCUUUUGGGAAAACCUGGAUUUAAUCUUUGGAGCUUGCUUUAAAAAAAGAAAACACAACCCUCUCAGCUUAAUCUUUUUAAUGCCGCUUUUCAGAGCUGCCUCCUUAAUCUUCUUCAUUCCAUUUUUUCCCCCUAUUUAAUAGUCUGGAGUUCCAUAAUACAAUUUUUUUACUCACUCAAGCUUAACCUCGUCCCUCUCAGCUGGUGUUAGGUUGUAAUCCCGGCACUUAAAUCCAUCACAGCUUCGGGAAUGAGGAAAGCUGGAGGUGGGAGGGUGAGAGGAGCCUGGGCAGGACUUCUGCAGUAAUUAAAAUAUGAGAUAAACACAAUUAAAAAAAAAAAAAAAAAAAAAAAGGUGAAGGCAAUUAAAAUGCUAAUCAGAAGUGAUCAAAUAAUUAAUUAUCUCCUGCUUCCACUUCUUUUCCUCUCCACCAUCAGAGGGAUGUGAGCUCCAGGAGAAUCUUUUGGGUUUGGAGCCGGCUUUUUGUGGUGUUAACGAAGUCACAGCCUCUUGUGUCACCUCAGCUCCAUGGGGGCCGUGGGAGUUGAUGCUGGAAGGGAAAAAAAACCCCUGGUGCUGGAGGAUGCGAUCCUGUGCCUCCCUCCAAGGAGCUGGGAUGGAGCUGAACAUCGCAGGGUAUUUUGGGAAAGCCCGUCUCCCAAAAACCCCUGGAUAAUGUCAUUUCUCCAUCAGCAGAGCCACGGGGAUGGGUAAAACCCCGAGCGCUGCUGCCUGGUGCAGGUGGAGGCAGCUGCUCCCUCCUGCAGCCGCUCCGGGGCUUUCCAGGGAUCCCUGGUGGGAAGAUGGGUGAGGAAGGGUGAGGGAGCUCCGCACAGGAGGAGCCAUCCCCCAGCUGCCAACUGGGACGCGGAGCAGAGUUUUGGGAAAAUGAACUCGGCGUGAGCGGAAGUGUCUCCAACAUCGCCCCUCCCCAAAGCCGAGUCUGACGUCAUCGCCUCUGCCCAAAUUCUGAUCCCUCGUGGUGAUCCCAGCCAGGAACAGCUGGAGCAGAUGUGCUGGUCCUUCCAGCUGUGCUCCCCGAGGGAUUUUCCACAGCUUUUCCAUUUAUUUUCCGCACGUUCCUCUGUGUGUGUGAGGCACCGGAGCCGCGGGGAGGCUCUCGGCUGUUCCAGCUGGAUAAUUUUAGGAGUUUCUGGAAUUGCAGGGUGGCGUGGGCUGCUCUGCCAGCUCUGCCUGCCUUGGGGCUCUCCCUGCUGGAAUUGCAGCAGGAGAAUGAUGGAGAAUAUCCAGCAGGAGAAUAUCCAGGAGCUCCUGGGCCACAUCCAUCGGGAUAAGGCGGGAGGAGUGGAUCAAAGGGGAGGGAAUGGCAGAGAGCCCAAACCCGGGCUGGAAAGGGGAGUUUGGGAAGGACAGGGGAUGGAAGGGGCCCAGCAGCAGCAGGAGCCAGCCCUGGGUGGGUUUUGCAGGGCUGGGAGUUGUCCCUCCGCUCCAAAAAUCCCUCUGGUAUUGGAUCCUUCCAUAAAGAGCACCAGGUCCCUGUGUAGCAUGGAGUAGUCUCUUUCCUCCAAAAAUCUGACUUUGGGCCUUUCCCUAUCGAGCUGUGCUGGGAGAUCCAGCUGCAGGGAGGGGGACGGCUGGGGUGGGAUCACUGCCAGGACGGGCUGCUUCACCUCAGAUUUCCCCCCUCCCUCCCCCACUUCCCUGGCAAUCCCUGUCUGGGAGUUCCUUUGCCUCAUCCCCAGCUCCAUCUCCAGAAUUCCGAGCUCUCCCUGCCGUGAAUCACCGGCUCAGAGGCUUCCACAGGAGCAAACCCAUGGGCCGAGAGCAGGAGUGGGUUUUUUAACUCCCUUUUUUUCCCGUAACCGCCCUUGCCGUGACUUUUUCCGGGCUCCAAGGUGUUCUGCCAGGCCCUGAAGUAACGCCGGGCUUUCAGUCCGGGAAGGUUUUGUGGGAAUGAGCUCCCAGGGCUCCCUGGGAGCGGGGAUGGGGCUGUGGGUGUCUGUGUGUGUAUAUAUGUGUAUGUAAUUAAUGUAUAUGUAGAGAUGUAUAGACGGGCACGGGGCCGGGGCGCUCCGCUCCUGAGGAGGAGGAGGGGGAAAAGAAGGAGGAAGAGGAGGAAAGGGAGGAGGAAAAAGAGGGAAGGGAGGAGGAUUUGUUCUCCAGCACCACGUGCUGGGCUCUGCAGCCCUCGGCCUCUGUCCUAAGGAAUGUGGGAUUCAGCCUUGGCCCUGCUCCCCAGGGAUGUGGGAUUGCCUGUCCCAAGGAAUGCGGGAUUCAGCCUUGACCCCUGUCCCAAAGAAUUUGGGAUUCAGCCUUGACCCCUGCCUCAAAGGAUUCGGGAUUCCCCCUCAGCCCCUCUCCCAAGGGAUUCGGGAUUCACCCUUGGCCCUUGGCCCUCCUAAGGGAGGCAGGGUUCCCCUUCAUUCCCUUUCCCAAAGGAUUCGGGAUUCCCCCUCAUUCCACAUCCCAAGGGAUGUGGGAUUAUCCCCCAUUCCCUUUCCCAAAGAAUUCGGGAUUCCCCCUCAUUCCGUGUCCCAAGGGAUGCAGGGUUCCCCCUCAUUCCCUGUCCCAAAGGAUUCGGGAUUCCCCCUCAUUCUGUGUCCCAAGGGAUGCAAGAUCCAGUCUCAGCCUUUAUCCCAAGGGAUGUGGGAUUCCACCUCUGAAAUUCCUGCUGCUCCUCCCUGCCCUCCACAUCCCCCUGAUGCCGAUCCCGAUCCCGAUCCCGAUCCCGAUCCCGGUCCCGGCCCGGUCCCGGUGGUUGGGCUGAGCCGGGGCGGGGAUCAGGAGCCUUUUCCUGCUGCCGGGGCCGGAGCAGAUCCCGGGAUGGGAUCCUGGGAUGGAUCCAAAGCCCCGCGAGCUCCGGAGCACCCCCAGCCCUUGUGCCGGCAGCGCCCCACCUCAGCAGAGGAGCCUCAGCCUGCAGCCUCCAAACGUUUUAUUUCCGUGCUUAUUUUUCCUGUUAUUUUGAUUUUUGGGUAAAAAAAAGGAAAAAACCCACAAUUUUUCCACACCCCACAUUCCAGCGUUUCUCCCAAGACCUCCAGAGCGCCAGGGAUUUUUCCUGCAGGAAUUCCCCCGCUGAGGGUCCCCCCUGGCUGAAGUCACCCCAGCCCAGCUGACAAUCAAACCAGACUCCCGAAAAACAGGAAUCCAUUGCAGUUUGAUAGAAAAACUUUUUAAAAUCGCCCCUUUCCUCUCUCACCACCACAUCUCCAGGAUAAACCAUCACCCACUGCUCCUCCUGUAAAUAAACAUCAAACCUUCUUGUAUAAAUUAAAAAAUAAAAUACAUUUUAAAAAAGACAAAAAAAAAAAAAAAUCCAUUGAUAAACAUCCCAAAAAUAAAAUUAAAAAAAAAAAAAAUUCUCCCUUUCCAGAAGAUUGAAAUAAUUCCAACUUCACUCUUUUUUUGGAGCUGAUUUACAAUCCCAAUAGGAGAACAAAACAAAGAUCUGGAACGCUACAAAUGUUGGAGCUUUCAAUGAAUCCAGGAGGGGAAAAAAAAUGCAUGUAAAUAUUUUUAAUAGGAGACAUAUCUUAAACAGAACUUUUUUUUGUAUGUACAUAACUCUCCUAGAGUUUAGUACUGAAAUGGCUUCAUAGUGUCUGUUUGGAAAAGGAAAGGAAAAGAAAAUGUUUGUUAAUUGUUUUUGUUCUUACUCAAUGGCCAAAACUUUAAAAAUAAUGACAACAAAAAAAAAAAAAGAAAAAAGAAAAAAAAAAAAAAGACUCUAAAAAUAAUCUUUGCCAAUGGAUCUAGCACUGUAAUGGUACUGUCUAUUUUUUUUAAUUAUUUCUGUGCUGUGCCCAUUUAUAAAAUGAGGAAAAGAUAAAAAAUAAAGUCAUUUAAACAUUG